AGACUGUGUUUUGAAGUGUCUUAGUGUGACAUCUAGCGAUAAAAUAAAAGAUGCACUAUAGGUAAUCGAAAGACAAACAUUUUUUUUCUAAAUAAAUAAUAAUGUAUAUUAUAAUUUUUUAACACUUCCGAGUCAACUUGGGGGAAACCGGAACUUCCGCCGAAAAGCAUUAUGGUGCUUGUAGUUCAUUAUCCACCGCUACAACGUGUACAAGUCAAGCACCCGCUACACGGUUAUGGCAUUCAGUUUUAAUUUCGAUAUUUCAUCGCAGAUAAAACAGGACUGCAAUAAUGACACUCUAAAUGAGAAAGAAGAAAGUGUAAAUCAAGAUAUUGCGAAGAACCAAAGCCAUGUUAAGGAGACUAGUGCACCUAAGAAGGUGAAGGAAGCCCAUGAGCAUAAACAUGCACCAGAUCUUCUCUCCCACAUUGAGAACUCAGUCACUGAGACAGUCACUAUAGGUGAAUUACCACCUCUUCUUUACCUCAAUGAAUCUGUAUUUGAGCAAACUGCCCCUGAGCGAGACGAUGCUGAGAAGGUCCUGUGUCGAACCAUCACCCAAAAUUCUGACCUUAUAACCGGAGUGUAUGAAGGAGGUCUUAAAAUCUGGGAAGGCACCCACGAUCUGCUGGAGUAUGUUGACGAUGAAGGGGAGACGUUCUCUGGGAAACGGGUGCUGGACCUGGGCUGUGGAGCUGGGCUUCUUGGCAUUCUUGCGUUAAAGAGAGGUGCAAGCAAAGUCCACUUCCAGGAUUAUAACAGCACUGUGAUCGAGCAGUUCACAAUUCCUAAUGUGUUCCUCAACUGUGAGGAAGAGGGUGCUGAUGAGAAUCGAGGAGGUGAAGACGGCAGCCCAGCACCUAAACGAAGAACUGUAGAGAAAAAUCACGCACUCGCAGAUCGGUGCAGAUUUUUCUCAGGGGAUUGGGUAUCGUUUCUUUCACUGAUUCAAAGUGAAGAUCCAACACUCAAAUAUGAUCUCAUCUUCACAUCAGAAACGAUCUACAACACAGAUUACUACCCUUCUCUUCAUGAUGUGUUUCUUAAACUGCUUGCUGAGUAUGGAGUUGUCUAUUUGGCAACCAAGUCUCACUAUUUUGGCGUUGGAGGUGGACUGUAUUUGUUUGAGAGCUUUGUGGAAGAAAAAAAUGUCUUCCAAAUCAAAUCUCUAAGGGAAAUGGAUCAGGGACUUAAAAGGCAUAUUGUUUCUUUAAGGUUCAAGAAAUCACCCCCAUAGUACUUUCUGUUCUUGUGUGAUCACAAUUAUACGAAUGAUGUGCUGAUACAAGGGGCUGUCAGUCAUUGUUGCAGCUUUGAAGCUUAAAGGGAAAUAAUCCUCCUUUAAACAUAUUCAGUAUGUUCACACUGAAAUGCUUGUGAUGUGUGUAGCGAUUCUGGUGCGAAUGUAUUGGCUGGUGAUGUAUUUGCACUA